AGUCUUUCCGUUGACGUCGGUGGGGGCGCACGCGUCGCGCAUCAUUUUCCGCGGGAAAUCGCAGUAUCGCGCGUUCUACAUCCGAAAAACAGUCGCAUUUAACAGUGCAAAUUUUUUUCAGUGUUAAAUUGUUUUUGUGCCAGUACUAAAUGUGGAUUGUUUUUGUGUUUUCCUGUUUUAUCAGUGGUAACUAACGUAGUGUUGUGAUGUAACCUUAAAAUGGAAAUCUCUUAAGAUACAAUGAUAACGGAGAUCGUUUAUGCGACUCUCCCGUCAAAAUCUAAAAAGACAUUGAAUCCAAACAAAAAACGCGAUGGAACCAGAUCAAGCAUCUAUGGAGGAAGAACUAAAAACAUUAAAAACACACAAAAUGAAAACAAAGAACCAAGUGAAACUAUGGACAAUGCUCAAACACACAAGGUUAAAAGAACAAAUGGGAAUAGAAUACAUAUUAAAUUACCAAUAUUAUAUUCAUUCCUCGUUUUCUAUGUAUGUGUACUAAAUGUGAUAACUAUGUGUGAUGUUAGUGAUAGUGACAUAAAUUUAAAGACUUUCAAAGAUGUACAAAGUACUCAUACAUCACAGGUUUAUUUGAUUAAAAAUAAACACAGUCAUAAACAUGACAGCCAUUAUAAAAAUAUGCGCAAAGGUCGCGCUUCUCAAAGAAUUGAUGAAAAUGAUGACAUUAAAACUGAUAAAUACUCUAGUUCAGAAGACCGAGAACUUGGUAAAUACUACAACUAUUUUAAAAACAAAGAGGAACUUGUGAAUUCUACUCAGUAUCCUUAUUACAAACUGCCUAGAUACAUUUACGAUGACAAACUUGCUGUGGGUUACCCGCACGACCUAAAAUCGAAUGAAUACCACGUGAAGAAGACAAAUUUUAACCUUAGACCAGAAAAACACCAAUUUAAAGAGAAGAUAGUAAAACUAGGUGUUUUAUUGCCAGGUGAUCCUCGGCAAGUGUUUUCGCUUGUAAAAGUUUUGCCAAUAUUGGAAAUGGCAGUUCUAGCUGUGACCAAACCUGAUGGUCCGUUACCUGGCUGGAAGAUUUUAGUGGACUACAGAGACACUGAUUGUUCGUCAGUCGAUGGACCCCUGGCAGCUUUUGAAUUUUACAUCAAUGGAUCUGCCGAUGCCUUCAUCGGCCCUGGUUGUGAAUACGUCAUCGCUCCUGUGGCUAGGUACGCUGGAGCCUGGGGCAUCCCCGUCAUCACUGCGGGUGCCCAGGCACAGGCCUUUAACUACAAAAGCCCUAGCUACGCCACCCUCACCAGAAUGAUGGGCAGUUACAUCCAAGCUGGGGUCGCGAUACAAAGAGUUUUUGAGGAAUUCAACUGGCAAAAACUAGGGAUGUUGUAUCAUAACAACGACCUUGCGACUGGGCAAGGGAAUAGCCCAUGUUAUCUCACUUUAAGCGCGAUAUUCACCGUGCUAAAGAAGAAGGAAUAUAACUCGUCUAUACCUAACAUACCUUUCGAUGAGAAAAACAUCACUACAGCUAAUAUCAAGCAGUUGCUAACAAAACUGUCAUUGGACACUAGAAUCGUGGUGGUGUGCGCAAACCCGAGUACAGUCAGGGAAAUAAUGCUAGCUGCGGACGACCUGAACAUGGUGUCUUCGGGAGAAUACGUCUUCUUCAAUAUCGAACUUUUUUCAAAUUUGGCGUCGGCAUCAUCAAAAGAACCGUGGAAGGUUGAAGGCGAUUCGGACGAGCGGAACGAGCGAGCGAGACGGGCAUAUAGCGCCGUCCUCACCGUCACCAGUCCAGCCCCCGAGAAUAAGGAGUACUUGGAGUUUUCCGACCAAGUAAAACAGCUAGCAGCAACAAAGUAUAACUACACAUUCGGGAAAGAAGAAAUGGUGUCCACUUUCGUCGCCGCAUUCUAUGACGCUGUCCUACUGUAUGCCCUCGCCCUGAACGCUACUCUGAGAGAGGUGGACAUCACCAAAGGGCCGCUAGAUGGCGCCGCUGUCAUAAGGAAUAUGUGGAACAGGACGUUUCAAGGCAUCACCGGGGAGGUGAUAAUCGACGGAAAUGGAGAUCGCGUCGCUUCGUACUCGCUGCUUGAUAUGAACCCAAAGACCAGCAUGUUUGAGGUGGUGGCAACUUACGUGGCAGCUAACUCGUCCCUGCAGUUCAUACCGGACCGGCCUAUUCACUGGGCGGGGGGGAGGCUCACCCCCCCACCGGAUACGCCAGAGUGUGGUUUUGACGGUGCCCUAUGUCCUGACAACUCUCUGCCGGUGUACGCGAUACUGAGUAUUGUACUUAGUUCUGUGGUGGUCGUGCUGGCCAUUCUGUCAGUUUUCAUAUACAGGCACUACAAGCUAGAGGCAGAAAUAGCAAUGAUGACUUGGCGGGUGAGCUGGAGCGAUGUUUUACAUCCGAGUGGGAAGCUAAGAGGCAGCAUGCACUCGCUGGCAAGAAGGUACAGCACCGGGACUGCAUUUUCCGACGAAGCGAUAUCCCUACCAGGCGACAGACAAGUGUACGCUCCAUGUGGUUUCUAUAAAGGCUGUAGGGUUGCCAUCAAGAAGGUUAAUAAACAACGCAUAGACUUAACCCGCCCUCUACUCCUUGAGCUGAAGAAAAUGAAAGAUCUUGAACACGAUCACUUGGCUAGGUUUUAUGGAGCCUGUGUAGACCCUCCACACUGUUGCCUCUUGACUGAAUACUGUCCCAAGGGAUCUUUGCAGGAUAUCUUGGAGAAUGAGAAUAUCAAGCUUGACUGGAUGUUCAAAGUCAGUCUCAUGCACGAUAUAGUUAGGGGAAUGCACUAUCUCCACGGGACAGAUAUAAGAUCGCACGGCGCGCUGAAAUCUAGCAACUGUGUUGUUGAUUCCCGGUUUGUUCUGAAGAUCACAGACUUUGGUCUGCACGCGUUGAGGUCAUCUGAGAAAGACUCCAGGGCUCACAGCUAUUGGACACGUCUCAUGUGGACUUCCCCGGAACUGCUUCGCAUGUCGGAGCCACCUCCAGAAGGCAGUCAGAAAGGAGACGUCUACUCAUUUGGGAUCAUUAUGCAUGAGAUCGUCAACAGGCAGGGCGUGUUCUGGCUGGGACCCGGGGUCGAGAUGUCUCCUAAAGAUGUGAUCGAGACAGUGAUAUCGACCGGCCUCCGUCCCAACACAUCUCACCACCGCUCGUGCGAGGCUGAUGACGCCACGGAGCUGAUGAAACGAUGCUGGGCCGAAGACCCCACGGAAAGACCCGACUUCGCCCAUCUGAAGGGAGCUAUACGAAGGCUCAACAAAACUCAAGAAAGUAGCAACAUUUUGGAUAAUUUACUUUCCCGUAUGGAACAGUACGCUAAUAAUUUAGAGUCUUUAGUUGACGAACGCACUCAAGAUUAUUUGGAAGAGAAGAAAAAAUGCGAAGAACUACUAUACCAGCUCCUACCGAAGUCAGUGGCAUCACAACUAAUCCACGGGCAAUCAGUAGUAGCCGAAACGUUCGAACAAGUCACAAUUUACUUCUCGGACAUCGUCGGCUUCACGGCGUUGUCGGCUUCCUCCACUCCUAUGCAGGUGGUCGACCUGUUGAACGAUCUGUAUACGUGCUUCGACUCCAUCGUCGAGAACUACGACGUUUAUAAGGUGGAAACAAUCGGAGACGCCUACAUGGUAGUAUCGGGGCUGCCAGAAAGGAACAGUACCCGGCACGCGUGUGAAGUGGCUAGGUUGUCGCUGGCCCUCUUGGAUGCCGUGAGGCGGUUCCGCAUCAGGCAUAGGCCGCACGACCAGCUGAAACUCAGGAUAGGACUGCACUCUGGUCCUUGCGUGGCUGGCGUGGUAGGCCUGAAAAUGCCAAGAUACUGCUUGUUCGGUGACACAGUCAACACGGCUUCUCGAAUGGAGUCCAAUGGAGAGGCUCUGAAGAUACACGUGUCUCCUGUUACAAAAGCGUUACUGGAUACCUUCGGGACCUUCCAGCUAGAGUGCAGGGGAGAAGUUGCCAUGAAGGGAAAAGGAGUUCUAGUCACAUAUUGGUUGUUAGGUGAAAAGGUCGACCCGAAUGCCCCAAAAGAAAAACCACCGUUAACAAAAGUCCAAGCUCUAUCCGGUGACAGCGGUUCUAUUUCACAUUUAACACCAUUUAGACAAAGGGUUGAUGGUCUUAGAACAUCUAGAGAUGAUCUUAGAAGAAACUCAGGAGCAUUCUCACAAAAAUCAACCGAAAACAAACAAGAGAAAGAACCUAGACUUCAAACGCUGAAGUUGACAAGACAACUGUCAGAUCCCAUAGAACCAGUGGCCAAUGGCACAACAGAUAACGUAGAAGAAUCAGACAAAGUUAGUGUUUCAAAUUCCAUAUCACUUAAUGUAAAUUCACUAAAUCAUAAUUCGGGGCCGCGGGUUAAACUGAAGGAUUGCCAAGUCAACUCCAUUGGCAAUCAUAAAUCUAAAGUAGGUAAUAACAAUUGGAUAGCCAAAAUACCCACAGCGAGUUCCUUCGACAAUGGUUCUAAGAAAGGUAGUGAGCAUUUAAAAGAUUAUAGUAGUGUUCCUUUGUUAUCCAAAUCAGAAGCAUUGAACGAUUCAAUAGUUUAGCAAAGUUGUGAAAACAAAGAUGAUGUAUGACAGUAUUUUUGGUUUACUUGAUCUCGUAAGUUUUGCUGCAAUGAUUUCAGAUAUAGGUUUAUUUGUAAGGAGCUAUUAAGUGACAGAUUUAAAAAUGUAUGUGAGAAACAAUGUACUUAAAUGACUAAUUACCAUUAUAAUUAUUGUGUAGAAGGAAGAAAGAAUGAGAGUGCGUUCAUGUAGGAUUUAUUACUUUAACGCUUGUCAAACGCAUUUUAUUUAUUAUUUAAUGUGAAUAGACCAUGAUGGGGAAUAACUUUCAAAAGUAUUAUAAAUGUACUUAACUAUUAUUGAGAGAAAAUUUAAAUAUUGUCAGUGUUGUAGUAUCAAAAUUAGAUUUACAAAUAACUGAAUUUGAAAAAAAUAUGUGCUCAUUUUAUGUUAUUAAAGUAGUGACAGAAAAACAGAAAAAAAUAUGAACUGUUUAAUAUUAUCACUUUUGUUAAAAAUAAUUGCUAUUAUUGUUUGUGCGUUGUAUAUACAAAUACGAGUAUAUCUCCUUUUAAAAGGAGUUUCUCUUAUUAUUAUUUAAUACUAGCAAUCAGUACUUCAUAAAACGAUUAUCCACAUUCCUGAAUGUUAGAUGUAAGUCUCUCCUGCCAUUUUUGUGAUAACAUUUGUUUUUCUGCAAUCAACUUAAGAAAUUUUCUGAAAUAUUGCAAACGAAAUAUUUAAUGUUACAUUGAAUCCAAUCGUGGUAAGAUAUUGAUCAAUGGCUAAUUUAUUGAGCUUAUACUAAAAAAACACGUUUUAAUUAUAUAGAAAUAAUAAAACGAAUUUAUUCCUAUCAAAAAUAGUUUUGUUUUUAAAUAUUUAAUAGAAUGAUACCCAGAGCUCUUACUAGAAGCUCUUACUACCAUUUAUUCAUGUUACAAAACCUAUUUGUAAAUAUAAUAACUUUGUUCUUUUUAUUGUAAAUAUGCGUAAUAAAUGUAACGUUGUUGUGAUCUAAGUUAAAAGUAUCCUUAAAUAUAUUUAUUAGUAACGUAGAAGAUGAGAUGAAUUUAAAUGUUUUAAAAACGUUAUAGCAAAUAUAAAGAGUGAGAAAUA